AUGCUGCGGCCCGGCACAUGGGACGGCCAUGACACCCGUUUCGAAACACUUCAACCCACUUCGAGCCUCGCUUCCACGGCUAUCAAUCCUUCUGCUGACGGGUAUAUUGGUAUGCACAUAAGGUUGCCUUGCCGGAGCCCUCUUCAUGGCGGGGCAGAGCCGAUUCCUGCCAUGGCCUGCCUGUAUCGACACACGUUGUUAUUAAUAGCCGGUGAGGGAUAUGACGCAUGCGAUAUCAGUCCCGAAGAGCGAGGUCCUAUACUGCAACUUAAACGCGACCAGCAGACCUGA